UGAACACAAUGUUAUUGACUUAAUUUUAUUAGUUUAUCAACAUAAAAAGGAUAAUCUGAAUUUUCUUAUGUUUUAUUUAAAAAUCAGAUUUUUCCGUAUUUUUUAUAUUUCGCUCUCCGUUUGUCGAAUCAGCGGACAUGAGCUACUUGUUAAGUAAAUGCAGCUCAUGAGUUUCACAACCGGCUUCUUCUUCCUCCGUCUGUCAGCUUCAUGUUCGUGUCCACAGUUUACCUGUCCGCAGACUGAAGGUAAGUUUGGCUCGUUUUGUAAUCAUUAAACGUGUUUAAUAAACGCCGUAAAGACUAGAUUUACACUAUUGUCUGUUAGCAUGGACUGCUGAAACUGCUGUUAGCAGGUGAGAGUAAAGGUGACUGAGCUGGAGGACGAGAGUAUUAUUUAAGAAUUAAACCAUUUUAAUGAUAAAACUGUUCAAAAUAUUAAAGCGAGUGUUCUCUGGUGAGUCCGAGCUAGAGUUCAGGAUUUAUAGUCAAACAAUAAAAGCAGCAAAAACACGAAAUAUCUGCAGGAAGUGUCUGAAUUUCACUAGUCCACUCAUACUGUGAUCAUUAGGGGAGACUGGGGUCAGUUGAGCCAAAUAACAAGUUGAUGGUAAAAGAAAUUGAUCAUGUGACCAAAUAUUUAGGAGAUGGGCGUCAAUUCAUGGAGUCUGUGAAGGUUAGAAGCACAUGGGUGAAGGGGUUAGACAUUUAUUUAUAAAAAAUAUUAUAUGGUCACGGGGUAAGUUGACCAUAGGGGACCACUUUUUUUGGCAUGCUAUAUUAUCAACAGUUAUGUUUACACUUAUUCUGUUGGUUUGCAGGGAUGAACAUCUUGAAAUGUAUGCAGAUACAAUAGUUAGAGACAAAACUAUGAUUGACUUGAUGUAGUGAUCUGAAAUAUGAAAAAUGGCUCAUCUUACCCCACUCUCCCCUACUGUUAUUGUUGGCCGGUCAUGGACAAAUCACAGCGCCACAGUGUGUCUGUGUUUGUUUGUGUUUUGGUUAAGUCUGACUCCUCAUUACUCACUUGUCUCUUCUUGUCUCCCUCAGGAAGUUGUCUGUAGGUGAGGAUGUUGGGGUCCAAGUGUGUCCUUAGGGACCUGUGUGGGGGAGGAAGACUCCUGAGGAACCUUCAUCACAUGCAGAGGUCGUUUGGCUCCUCCUCUUCUUCUUCUUUGACAUCUCAGAGUCAGCAUGGCGGUCUUCGUCCUGGACUUCCUCAGCUGGCAUUGAGGCGUAUUCUGUCUUAUGAUCGGCAUGGCGGCCUUCGUUCUGGUCUUCCUCAGCUGGCUUUGAGGCGUUUCCUGUCUCAUGAUCAGAGCUCAUCCAGUCGCUCGGCCCAUAUGAAGCUGCGGACCCGUCUGGUGGUGACCCUGCUUUUCGGCAGCGGGCUGAUGGCGGCCUGGUGGUGGGUGUACUCGGAGAAGCAGGAGAAGCUGCGGCAGCAACGAAUAGAGCAGCUGCGGCGGGUGGCUCUGGGUCAGGGGACCUUUAGCCUCCUGGACCACAAGGGCCAGCGCAGGACCAAGAAGGACUUCCUGGACCACUGGGUCCUGCUGUACUUUGGUUUUACACACUGUCCCGACAUCUGCCCCGAUGAGCUGGACAAGCUGAGUGCCGUGGUCUCCAAGCUGGACGGCGACCCCUCGCUGCCUCCUGUUCAGCCGCUCUUCAUCACCGUCGACCCCGAGAGGGACGAUGUGGCAGCGCUGGCUAGCUACGUCAAAGAUUUCCACCCCCGUCUGAUCGGACUGACGGGAACGCCGGAGGAAGUGAAACACGCGGGACGGGACUACAGAGUGUACGCCAGCCCUGGGCCGAAAGACGAGGACGGAGAUUACAUCGUGGAUCACACGAUCCUGAUCUACCUGCUGAGUCCUGACGGGCUGUUCCUGGAUUAUUACAACAGGAUGAAGAACUGUGAGCAGAUUACAGAGAGUGUGAGGAACCACAUCAGGAACUACGUCCCACUCAACAGCACCUGAACACAGAACAGGAAGUGUUACCUGAAGGCAGCAUGAGAGGACUUAACUUCUGAAACAUUCAGACUCUGAGGAUUUUGUUUGUUGUCAGUCUGAGUGGGACAAUAAAGUUUCUGAUGUUGAAUCUGAUCACUACUGUUCCUGAGGUUUUUGUGGCGCCUGUCAGUGAUCCUGCAGAAAAGACUCUCCUCCAUUCGGGUCAGACGGGUCACUGCGUCUGUAACAAAUCUUUCAAGUGUGAAAACUUUCUGAUGAAAUAAAAACUGAUUUUAAGUCAAAUCUUACUAAA